AUGUUGGGAAAUUGGUCUCAGAGCGGUCCUCAAGGGCCUCAAAACUACAACAAAAACUACAAUGCUCCUAUACCUGCGCCGCCUCGUGGGCGUCCCCCAAUCUGCUUCACGUGUGGCCAAGAAGGUCAUUAUGUCAAAGAUUGUCCAAAACAAAAUCAAAAUAGUCAAGUUGCUAUGGCUGCUCCUCAGGCAGCAAAUACCAAUGGGUAUGGGGCAACAUCACAAACGAAGCAGUGGGCCAAUGUUCAAAAUGGCCAGAUGGGUUCCAAAUAUGCUCCCUAUCCUGGUUCUGAAAGUGCUCCAAUGUCACAAUUUACAGACCCUGGUCAAAAUUCUCAAUUCAAUGGGGCGUCUAUAUCUGCUCCCUAUGCAACAAAUCUACCUUAUCAACAACAUCCCAGUCCACAUUCAUCACAGCAAGAGUUCCAGCAGCAAGGUUUCCAACAACAGAAUCACCAACCACAAGGGCGUUCCCAUCACGCCUAUUCUAAUUACCACCAGAAUAAGCCGUACGAACAACCUUUCGCCAAUGGAGCUGACUAUAACCAACAAAAUCAACAGCAAAACGGAUCUCAAGGCUAUCAAGCUCCGUACAAUCAAUAUUCCCAGUCAAAUUCACCACAACAAUAUGGCCCACCAACCCAAUCUCAGAGUGGACAGCAAUUUCCUUCCUCCUCCGUCCCAACCACACCCUUUCAACAUCAAAAUAAUGGUUACACUCAAGAUUACAGUAACCUAGGCCGAUCAGCAUCUUACCAAAGUCAAGGCACGCCAAGCCAAGGGCAAUGGAAUGGUUCACCGCCAUCAACGACUUCUUUGAAUGGAUCACAACAACAGCAAGUCCAGGUGCAAUCAAGUUCUGGUUUUCAUCAUGAGUUUAGGAGAUCUCAAUCACAGCAGUCCCAGCAAAGUGGAAGUCGCAUGGGAUCUCAACAAGUCCAGCAGGGUGAAAGUCGGUCCGGCUCUCAGCAGCCUCCUAUCUCAACCCCAGAAGUGAAUAAACGUGGGUUGUACAUCCCUCGAUCUAAAAAUACUCCACACACUGCCCCCAAUGAAGUUUCUUCACAACCUGUCGAGACACCGCGAGCUUCUUCAAGAGCUUCAAGCGUGGCUCCUACACCGUAUGGUUCGCCUACUUCAAGAAAUAAUGUAUCUGAAUGGGAUGGACAUCCAGCCGAUAUGAAGGAAGACGGUGAUCGGACUGACGAAGAGAAACAGUUCAAUUGGGAUUACAAAAAGAUCUUCAUGGCUGCAGGCGAAAAACAUGAAACAGUUGCACUUGCGCAACCUUUAGCUAAUAGAUUUGAUAUGACCCCUGUCCCUCUUAUCGAUAAGAAAUCAACCAUUACAAUCUCGAGGUACGCAAGAAGAGAAAACCUGAAGGAGUAUACGCAGAGCGCUAGGAAAACACCUCAGUGGCCAUACUUACAAGAAGAUCCAACUUUCCAGGACUUCAAGACUGAAGAUGACCCGAUACCUUUCCAAGAACUUGAUGCUUGUAUGAAAUUGAGGCAUGGCGAUGCAUAUGUAUCUAUUGCAGCUCGAAAGGCGACUGCUGCGGUUGUACCACGUACGGGUAAGCGUAAACCCAGCACGUCGGAACAGGAUAAUGUCAAUGAUCAAUUACAAGCCGAUUUUCCAACAUUGCAAAACAACAAACGUCAAAAAGUUGACGAUCAAUUGUCAAAAUCUGCGGAUGGCCUGCCUAGAUUUAGCGAUGAUAAUACAGAAAACGAAGCUCCAUCUGUUGCUGAAGCACCCGACGAUAUCUGGGCUCCUCAGGCGGGCGAGAGCGCCGAUCCAACUGAGGCGUUGCUGGCAUCUUUAGGUGUUUCUGGUGCUCCGAAGCCGGUUGAGCCUGGACCACCGGUCAUGAUUCCUAUUGAGGAGUUGCAGCAGCCGAUCUACAGUCCCCAGCAACCUCCUUAUGAGCCACAGCAAACUUCCUACAGUAAUCAAGCUCCGUAUAUUCAGCAACCUCCAUAUAAUCAGCAACCUCCAUAUAAUCAGCAACCACCAUUCAAUGUUCAGCAGCAAACGCCAUACAAUCAACAAUCACCUUUCAAUGCUCAGCAACCUGCUUUCAAUCCUCAACAGCCUCCUUAUAAUGUCCAGCAACCUCCAUACAGCCAACAACCUCUCUUCAAUACACAGCAUCCUCAUUUCAAUGCUCGGCAACCUCCCUACAACCAACAGUCACCCUUUAAUGCCCAACAACCUCCUUUCAACCCUCUGCGGCCUCACUACAAUGCUCAACAACCUUAUAAUUCCCAGCGGCAUCCUUUUAAUCCUAGCAUGGCAAAUCAAGCUUUUAGACAAGAACCAGGUUAUGCUAACGCUCUUCCUUCAUUCUCCGGACCACAAGUCUUUAAUCACCAGCACAUUCCUCCUCCCCCACCGCCCCCACUGGGAGAGGAGCCUAUGUUCGACCCAUGGCCAGAGCACAAUGUUACAACAACGCCUCCUCCCACUGACCGCGCGGAAAAUGAUAAGGAAAAUGGAAAGAAAGGUGCCGAGGAAAAUGUCACGCCGGAAUCCCCUUUGAGCCCCACCUCGUUGGAAAUACUCGGAAAAAUAAAUAAAGAGCCUGUAAAGCCACGCAAAAUCGUACGAGUAAUCAGUGGCAAGAAAGGCAAAGAAUCUCAGCGUUUGUCUGAGGAAGCUGUGCCGAAACUUAAAAGGGCUGCGCCAGUGGUCGAUGCAGCUUAUAGUCGCCGUUGGUAG